AUUGCAGCAGCGAAUUUUGGUGGUGCAAUACAAACUUAUUUUGAAUGGAAUGUUGAUAUGAAAAAUUUCAAUAUUGAAGUUAUUCUGAGAAUUGUUGAUGACAGUGUUUCUGUUAGCAUUGCUCUUACCAAAGAGAGCUUACACCGGCGCUUAAUUACAAAUUUCGGACCGACAACUCUUCGUGCAACCACUGCCUAUAACAUGCUCAGACUUUGCAAAAUUCAGGAUGGAGAUGUUGUUUGUGACCCUAUGUGUGGAAGUGGAGCAAUUCCAAUCCAGGCCUCAGUUUGUUGGCCCCAAACCUGGAACAUAUGUGGGGAGAUUCAUCAUAGAGCGAUGGAAAAAAUUGAAGGUAACAUUAAUGCUGUGAAUGAGCAACGGAAAGAGAAGAUGCUGCCUCAGCUUGGUAUCGAUGUUUUCAAAUGGGAUGCUUGUCAUUUGCCACUUGCCAGCCACAGUGUAGAUGUUUUCAUCACUGACUUGCCAUUCGGGAAAAGAAGUGGCUCAAAGAAAAACAACUGGAAAUUAUAUCCUGCAGUAAUGUAUGAAAUGGCACGGGUUGCCAAGCUGAACACUGGUCGGGCCUGUCUUCUUACCCAGGACAAAAAGUGCAUGUUUAAGUGUAUGCAGCAUUUUGCCAAAUACUGGAAGAAACAGUCUUACCUUUGGGUGAACAUUGGCGGGCUGGCUGCUGGUGUGUGGUUAUUCCGAAGAACAUCUGCUAAGCUUUCUGGAGCUCCAGUUUCAACUCUGUGGCAUUCUCCACUACCAGAAAACUGUCCUCAAGAAAUGCCAGUUCCAGACAAUCAAAUUCCAGAUCUGUAAAAUGGGAUCUAAUGAAUCCACAUAUUUUU